GACUAGUAGUACUCAAAACAACGUUUCACUGACUUUCGGGGGUACAUACAUUCUGAUCAUUUGAUCAGAUACGAGAUCAACUAUAUUCGGCAUUUCAUAAAAUCAAUUUAAGCAUGGUUUACAAACAUCUCCCAGCAGGAAGCUCUGUUUUCAUUAAAUCUCUGAUACUGCUGAGUACGAUCCACUUUGCUGCAACUUUAAAUUUUAGCUAUAAUAGCUUCACUCCUGAUGAUCCUGAAAUAGAACAUGAUGGAGAUGCCUUCACAUCCAGCGGAGACAUCCACAUCACUAAAAGCUUAAAUGGACAAUCAGCUCUUUCAAGCGUUGGACGAGUUACUUAUAAAGAGCCAUUGCAUCUAUGGGACAAGGCCUCAGGAAACCUUACUGACUUCACUACCCGUUUUACUUUCGUGAUUGAUUCCAUAAAUGAAACAUGGUAUGGUGAUGGGAUAGCGUUCUUUCUAGUUCCAAAUGGUAAUGAGCUCCCACUAAAUGCAACAGGUGGUGGAGUAUUUGGACUCACAAAUGAUAGUCAGCCUACCAACAUCACCGCCAAUAAAUUUGUCGCGGUCGAAUUUGAUGUUUUUGGGAACGCCUGGGACCCUAUCGAAAGUGUAGAUGUCAAUGAGGGAACUGAGCACGUAGGUGUUGAUAUCAACUCUGUGAGAUCUGAGAAAACUGUGCCUUGGGUUAAUGCGAGCUCUAGUAUUACAAAUGGGUGGACAAAUGAAGCUCAGAUAAGUUAUGCUUCUAGUUCAAAAAUUCUUAGUGUUUCAUUCCGUACAGGUAUAAAUGGCAAAGAUUUGCAUCAAAGCUUCAACUUUGUGGUUGACCUAAGAGACCAUUUGCCAGAUUGGGUCAGUGUUGGCUUUUCAGCUUCAACAGGAUCCACAUUUUCUUACAAUAGAAUCAGGUCAUGGGAAUUCAAUUCUAGUCUGGAGUCUGGUGAAGAUAAAGCAGCUCAAACUCAUCCUGCAGCAGACGUUCCAAGUCAAACUGAUCCGACAGCAGAGGGUCUAAUACCCUCUAAAUCAAAGAAUAAUAAGAUGGGUCUAGUGGUUGGAUUGGCGGUAGGGGGGUUUCUUCUUGUUUGUGCUGCGGGCAUAUAUGUUAUCUUGAAGAAGAAGAAGAAGAAGAAGAAGAAAGAGAGAGAAGAAAAUCAAAAUCCAAUUUGUGUUGAGGAUGAUUUCAUGGAUGAUGAAUUUGAGAAAGGAACUGGACCUAAAAAGUUCUCGUAUAAUGCUCUUGCUGUGGCAACAAGUAACUUUGCACAAAAUGAGAAACUUGGAGAAGGAGGUUUUGGGGAAGUUUACAAAGGCUACUUGAGAGAACUGGAUUUUAAUGUGGCUGUCAAGAGAGUAUCAAGAAAUUCUAGACAAGGAAUAAAGGAGUAUGCAUCCGAAGUGAGGAUCAUUAGUCGUCUCAGACAUAAAAAUUUGGUGCAGCUCAUUGGUUGGUGCCAUGAACGGAAUAGUCUUUUACUUGUGUAUGAGUAUAUGCAAAAUGGCAGCCUGGAUUCCCAUCUUUUCAAGGGGAAGAGCUUGCUGUCUUGGAGUACAAGGUAUAAAAUUGCUCAAGGCCUGGCGUCAGUAUUGCUUUAUCUACACGAAGAGUGGAAGGAAUGUGUGGUGCAUAGAGAUAUUAAAUCUAGCAAUGUCAUGUUAGAUUCAAGUUUUAACACUAAGCUUGGUGAUUUCGGAUUGGCCAGAUUUGUCGAUUAUAAUAGGGGUGCACAAACAACUAUGGUGGCCGGGACACGGGGCUACAUGGCCCCGGAAUAUAUUUCCACAGGCCAAGCUAGCAGGAUGUCAGAUGUUUUUAGCUUCGGAGUUGUAGCAUUGGAAAUAGCAUGUGGUCGAAAACCUAUUGACGUCAAGCUAGAAGAGAAUGAGAGAGAAUUAGUAAAGUGGGUUUGGGAGCUUUAUGGAAGGGAACAAAUUCUUGAAGCAGCUGACCCAAAACUCUCCGGGGAUUACGAUGAGUAUCAAAUGCAACAGUUGAUGAUUGUCGGGCUCUGGUGUGCACAUCCAGAUUGGACAAUCAGGCCUUCCAUUAAUCAAGUGAUCCAAAUUCUUAAUUUCAAUGCUCCAUUGCCUGCUCUGCCAACCAAGAUGCCUGUGGCAACCUAUUCCAUGCCGUCAAACUUGUCUUCUUUGUCUUUAGAAUACGUCACUGCCCAGAGAAACCAAACUCAAUCUUCAGGCUAUAGUAACGAUACUGAUUCUUCACUUUCUGCAUCUGCAGCACGUCUAAAUAAUGCUAGAUAAGUGUGUCAGUUUAUAUGCAAAUCAAUAUAUAUUAUGUGUGAUAUGAUCCAAGUUUGGAUAUAGUAUUUGUAAUUUGAUCCGUGAGUGAUUGUAAUUCAUUCAGUGAUGGCUUGAUAUUUCCCAGUUUGCAAUUUCUCUCUAUUCGAUAUUUAGUAUCUACAAUAUUGCAUCUGAUUAGUUGAAACUGUCAUUCGUUAGUUUAGGAUACAACCAAGACAAUUUCAUUAGUUAGAACCGGGGAAUAGUCCUCUUCUUUAAGCUUUCACUAAGAACUGCUAGCUUACUCUACAACCUAGACAAUUUUGUCCACUGUAAUUUUUUCAGAAAGA